GUCCCGCUUCCGCCCCGCGCGCCGUCCGCCGUCUUCCGGUGCUUGAAAAGUUUGACUCAAAUAUGGAUAUCAGACCAAAUCACACAAUUUAUAUCAAUAAUAUGAAUGACAAAAUUAAAAAAGAAGAACUAAAGAGAUCCCUGUAUGCCCUGUUUUCUCAGUUUGGCCAUGUGGUAGAUAUUGUGGCUCUAAAGACCAUGAAGAUGAGGGGACAAGCUUUUGUUAUAUUUAAGGAGCUUGGUUCAUCCACUAAUGCCUUAAGGCAGUUACAAGGAUUUCCAUUUUAUGGUAAACCAAUGCGAAUCCAGUAUGCAAAAACAGAUUCUGAUAUAAUAUCCAAGAUGCGUGGCACAUUUGCUGACAAAGAAAAGAAAAAAGAAAAGAAAAAAGCCAAAACUGUGGAGCAGACUGCAGCAAUUGCAAACAAGAAGCCUGGUCUGGGAACACCAAAUUCAGCCAAUACCCAAGGAAAUUCAGCACAAAAUCCUCAGGUUCCUGAUUACCCUCCAAACUAUAUUUUAUUCCUUAAUAAUUUACCAGAAGAGACUAAUGAGAUGAUGUUAUCCAUGCUGUUUAAUCAAUUCCCUGGUUUUAAAGAAGUACGUUUGGUACCUGGAAGACAUGACAUUGCUUUUGUUGAAUUUGAAAAUGAUGGUCAGGCUGGAGCUGCCCGGGAUGCCUUACAGGGAUUUAAGAUCACACCAUCCCAUGCCAUGAAGAUUACCUAUGCCAAGAAAUAACAUUUGAGAUUAUUGUCUUUAAAGGACUCGGUGUUAUUUAUAGUGGGUUUUUUUUGUUUUGUUUUGUUUUUUGAUAACAUUUACCCUGGGCAUUGUGAUAAUUGGAGAUGGACGAGGAAGGAAAAGUGAA